CCGCACCCCAAGACCCCAUAGCCUCACGCGAUCUCUAGGAAUAGGCAACAUACGGACCGAUCCGCUAACAUGAGAUACGACCAGCGUUCUUACCAACCGCAUGGCGACCUCCUGGGCCUGGUCUGGGCCGCGGCAAAACAUAUCGGCACUUGACUUUGAUAAACCCUGGAUUUCGGAUACACGUACACGGGGGAAUCGUGUUUGCACCUUCAGCUCCCCUUGUCACUCAACUACAGUCGCUCUUUGUGCCAUAGGAGAGACCGGACAAUAUGCCGUACCUCAGUUCACAGCCUAAGAUUCUGAUCGCCGGUGCCGGUAUUGGAGGCCUCACAGCUGCGCUGUCUCUGCACGCGGCAGGCUUUACCGACAUCCAAUUGUUCGAAGCAUCUUCGACUCUUACAACGCUCGGGGUCGGAAUCAACGUGCAGCCUUCUGCAGUGCUGAUUCUGCGAAACCUGGGUCUUCUGGAAGCCCUCGAGAAGACAGGUGUUCAAACAGCAGAGCUGAACUUCUACAAUCGCCAUGGCGACUCCAUCCUCAGCGAACCUCGUGGCAAACACGCCGGCUAUGCAGUACCGCAGUUUUCGAUCCACAGAGGAGAGUUCCAGAUGCUGCUUCUCAGCGCGGUGAAGGAGCGCCUGGGCGCAGACGCAGUGCACCUCGGUCACGCCUUGACCGGCUUCGAGCAAAAUGAAGAAAGCGUCACAGCAGAGUUCUCACGACGACGAGAUGGCACAUCUACCGAGCUUUCAGGCAUAUCCGGCGACAUUUUGAUCGCAGCCGAUGGCAUCAAUUCAACUGCGCGACGCAUCCUGUACCCGAAGGAAGGACCCCCAAGGUUCUCUGGACGAAUGCUCUGGCGUGGCUGUCUCGAGAGAGAGCCGUAUCUGACGGGAGCCUCGAUGGUGUGGGCAGGGCAUGCAGAUCAAAAGUUCAUUGCAUACCCCAUUUCGCAACGUUCAACAGACAAGGGCAAGAGCCUAGUCAACUGGAUCGCAGAGCUACGCAUCAGAGGGAAGGAUGACAAGGAUCUCACACCGCCAAAGACAGAUUGGACUAAGGCAGUAGACAAGAGCGUGUUUGAAGGACCCUUCGAGAGCUGGAAAUGCGGUGGUCUGGACAUGAAGGACUUGAUCGACAAGACAGACAAGGUGUUCGAGUUUCCUAUGUCGGAUCGCGAUCCGGUCGGGCAAUGGUCAUUUGGCAGACUGACGCUACUGGGCGACGCAGCGCACGCCAUGUACCCAAUUGGAUCGAACGGCGCAUCGCAAGCCAUUAUUGACGCCGAAACAUUGGCAAAACACCUCAAGACCAUGACGUCAGAUGUUGCAGCUGCAUUGAAGGCUUACGAGACUGAGCGACUACCUCCUACCGCGAAGAUCGUGAUGGCAAACCGAGCGAAUGGGCCAGAUCACGUCUUGCAAAUGGCGGAAGAAAGGGCGCCAGAUGGGUUCAAGAAUGUCUACGAUGUCAUCCCGAAGGAAGAGCUGGAGGCCAUCGGCACUGUCUAUAAGAAGGUGGCCGGAUUCGAGAUGGACAGCGUCAACAUCAAGGUGAAAGAGACCGAAGGGGAAAACAGAAGAUUACAGCUGCAAAGCCCUAAGGACUGGAUAUAGUCAGGCGAGAUUUCAGUAUCGUUUUCGAGAAUCAGAACAGCAGCUGAGUAAACUCACCGCAGUCGCCAACACGUCUGUACGACCCUGAGCACCCAACCAUCCACAUCGUCAAGUCUCUCUUUCCCAUGCAUGCGGGUAUGCAUUUCGUUGACCGAAUUCCACUGCGGUCAGCUAGGGCGC